AUGGCUAUCAACGACGAACCAUCCAAUACCCUUCCAAAAAUGAAGGUCAGCGACCGGGCUGCCUGGCUCGAAGCGCUCGAGACGGAUCGUCCCGUCCUUAUCCACCUUAACGCAGACACCACAUGGCUCAUUCAACUGCCGUACCCGCCCUCAUGCACUCCGCCAUCUGGCCGGAGGCGAUUCAAUAUCCUUCUCGACCCAUGGCUCAAGGGCCCGCAAACCGACGUUGCAACCUGGGUUUCCACACAAUGGCACGUUGUUGAGCCCAGCGUUCAGACACUGGAUCAACUCAACUCGAUUCUGGCUGGCCUGGAGCAAGGGGCAGGAGGGCCAAAGGUGACAAACAACUCGUACAUCGAUGUCGUCGCCAUAUCGCACGAGUUUACCGAUCACUGCCACGAGGCAACUCUAAGAGAGCUCCUUCCGUCAACGCCAGUCUUUGCCCCCGACAAAGCCGCCCGGCUGGUCCGGUCGUGGGAGCACUUCAACUCCGUCACCACUACUCCCUGCUUUUCAUCGAUGACCAAGAGCUGGAAGACGGACCUGAGCAUCGCAGGGUUGCCUUCUUGGAUUGGAAUAGGGCGCGUAGUGACGAAUGGGAACGCAAUGUAUUUCCACUCCGCGAUCAUGAUCGCCUUCGAUCUCGGGAAGGCCGAGACGAUACUCUAUUCCCCGCACGGCGUCCAGGCAUCCGAUUUGUCGUGUGUUCGGGCCUGUGGGCUCUCAACGCUGGCACUGCUGCAUGGCCUCCAUGACGUUCGCAUCUGGAUGACAAAGCAACUGAAUCUCGGUGCCAUGAAUGGGAUCAAGGCCGUCGGCGAAACUGGCGCGCGUUAUUGGAUCGCGACACACGAUGAGCCGAAGAAGGGCACGGGUUUUAUAGCCCUCAUGCUUCAACGCACACGGUACACUCUGAAGGAAGCAGUUGAUGCCGAGAAAAGCCGAAUCAAGUCAAAGAUUCCGGAGUCUGACUUUGUGGAGUUGGGAUCAGGCGAUGGUGUAGUGUUACGAUAA